CUUCAAAUUUACACCAUUUAUCUCUCUCAAAAAAAAAAAAACAAAAAAACAAAAAGAAAGCCCUCUUUGUUUCUACUCAAUAACAAAACAAAAUCACUCGUUGUUCUAGGGUUUCAUCACAAGAUCCAUUUUUAUCUUAUUUGUUUCACAAAUUCUAGGGUUUCGAAGGAAUUGAUAAACGCUAUUUCUAGGGUUUCGGUUUGUGUAUUUUUUUUCUCUCUCUAGGGUUUGAUUGAUGUUAUAAAUCUGUAGAUUUUUUAGUAGAAGAUCUUGGAAAACGAUGUCGCAGCAUUCAGAUAAGGAGCUUGAAGAACAGAUAUCGGAAGCUGGGAAUAAGCUUCUUCAACCUCCUUCUUCACUUGAUGAACUCCUCCCUUUGCUUGACCAAGUAGAGUCUUCCCUGUCAAAAGUGGAGCAAUCACCGGCGAAAUCAAUGCAUGAUGCACUUUCUCCGUUGAUGAAGGCAUUGGUUGCAAAUGACCUCUUGAGGCAUUCUGAUCUUGAUGUGAAGGUCGCAGUUGCUUCUUGUAUAAGUGAGAUAACUAGAAUUACUGCACCAGACGCUCCUUAUGAUGAUGACAAAAUGAAGGAUAUCUUUCAAUUAAUUGUAUCAUCCUUUGAGAAUAUAAAUGACCAGUCCAGCAGAUCAUUUAAUAAGAGGGUGUUGAUCCUUGAGACAGUGGCCAAGGUCAGGUCAUGUGUUGUCAUGCUGGAUCUAGAAUGUGAUAGACUCAUUACUGAGAUGUUUCAGCACUUUCUAAAAGCUAUAAGAGAGGAUCACUCUGAGAAUAUUUUCUCAUCCAUGGCAACAAUAAUGACUCUUGUGCUGGAAGAAAGUGAAGAAAUAUCCUUGGAAUUGCUCACCCCUCUAUUGGCUAGUGUUAAGAAGGACAAUGAGGAGGUUGCGCCAAUUGCUAAAAGGUUGGGAGAGACGGUUUUUGCAAACUGUGCAGCGAAGCUUAGGCCUUACUUGCCGCAAGCAGUAGAAUCAUUGCAAAUCUCUUUAAAUGAGUACAAUAAAAUUGUUACUUCAGUGUUGGAAGGGACUCUUCCAACUGUUGAUGGUAUCAAUGAUAGUGCUCCUAAGGACCAAUUGGUCACCGAGAGCAAGUUGGCUGAACUUCUAGAAGCUGGUCAGGCAACUCAGGUUGGUGGGGGCAAAGUCGCUACAGCAUCUUCAGAUGAAGCAGGCCAGAUGGCUGAGAGCGCAAGGGAGGAGGCAUGUUCGGAAGAUAUUGACCCUGCUGUUAAUAGAUCUCCCAAAUCAAUCACAAGUAAUGGUGUUGGUCUGGAGAAUGUGGGAUCGGCUGCUGAAACACAAUCGUUGAUGAAGGCUGGAGAUAAUGAUGGGGCGGAUCUGCAUGGUGCUUCAAAGAUACCAUCCAAAUCUGAAUCUGAUGAUUCAAGGGUUGAAAAAUCUACGAAGUCAGAGCCCAAGUCAGAACAAACUGCUAACAAAAAAGGAAGGAAGACAAACUCUUCAAUAAACUCUGCAGAAUCUUCUCACCAAGCUCCUGACGACAGUGAAAAAGAAGCUGAGAAGCUUCAAGAUCAUCAGAAUGAUGGAGACAAAGAUGAUCAAAGUUCGGCUUCUGAAGAUCCAGCGGUUGAGCAGUCUAACUCUUUGGAGAAGGAACCAGAAACUACUCUUCAACACUCUGCACCCAAAGAAUCUGAGGUGGAAGCUGUGAAUGUUGCAACUUCAUCCCCAGGUCCUGAUGAGAGUGCACCAAAGAAGGUUGGUCGGGCAAAGGAGGACAGCUUAAAUCAAGAAGAGUGUGUGUCUAAGGAGGAGGAAUCUGAAGCUACAAGUGACUUGGAAGUUAAGCAGGAGAGACGACCUUUGAAGAAAACUCCUUUAGAGCCUUGUCGCAAGGAGAAAGGUGGAUCAACCGGUGAUGCAGAGACUAAAAAGCAGAAGCAAUCGGGGAAGAAGAUUGAUACCAAGAAUAAGAGUCGUGUUGGUCCAUCUGCGAGAAAUAAAGAAGAUGGCAAAAAGCGUGGACAUGGAAAAGCUAGUGUGGAGAUAGUGCCUUCACAAGAGUCUCCUGAUCACUCUGCUAAACAUGAUGAUGAUGUUAAUGAAGAGGAAAUUCCCAGGGCGACUGCUAAAAGAAAACGUUCUUCUUCAGGCAAGGGCAGGGAGAGAGUGCCUCCACCAGUGUCUCCUGAUAACUCUGCUAAACAUGAAAGUGAUGAGGAGGAAACACCCAUGGCAAGUGCAAAGAGAAAGCGUUCUUCUUCAGGCAAGGGCAGGGAGAGUGUGCCUACACCAGUGUCUCCCGAUAACUCUGCUAAACAUGAAAGUGAUGAGGAGGAAACACCCCUGACAAGUGCAAAGAGAAAGCGUUCUUCAGUCAAGGGCAGGGAGAGAGUGCCUAAACCAGAGUCUCCCGAUAACUCUGCUAAACAUGAAAGUGAUGAGGAGGAAACACCCAUGACAAGUGCAAAGAGUAAGCGUUCUUCAGGCAAGGACAAGGUAACAGAGACUACGCGAUAUGAUGAGAACCUGGUUGGUAAAAAAAUCAAAGUUUUGUGGCCAUUGGAUGAUGCAUAUUAUGAAGGCAUUGUUAGCAAGUUUGAUUCCGCCAAGAAGAAGUUCACAGUUAACUACAUUGAUGGAGAGGUGGAAGUAUUAAAUCUCGAGAAGGAACGGUGGGAACUUGUUGGAGAUGAUAAUAUGUCAGAAGAGGAGCAAGUAGCAGGUGUUGAUGCAGCUUCUGACAGGCAUAAGAAGAAAAAACCUAGAAAUGCUGAACCAUCAGCGAAGCACAAAAAAAUGGAGGCUUCGUCCAAAAGCAAGUCAAAAGAGACAACAAAAAAAUCUGGACAGAAAUCCAAGGGUAAGCUCAACAUGAAAGAUGGCAGCUCAAAAUCUGGCGGGAGAACUGACGACACACCCGGCAGUAAGUCUGGGGUCCAUCCUAAAAGGAGCACUGGUAAAUCUGUUGAUACUGAAAAGCCAUCUGCCAGGUCUAAAGAUGUUAGUAGUGGUACUCCCAAAUCCAAGUCCAGGCAAGAUACCCCAUCAACGACUGCCAGCAAGUCCAAGCAGGAAACUGUUAAAGCUGUCAUGAAGUCCAAAAGUAAUACUUCUCAAAGUGGCGGUAAGGCCAGUGCCAAUGGCAAGGAGAAGCUAAAAUCUAGUUCGUCAAAGGUUAAAGAAAGUGGGCACCCGAAGGAAAAAGCUAUUAACUCAGCAAAAACCCCUGAUAGCAGCAAAGAGAAAUUCUCUAGUGCAUCGAAGGAAGGAGAAAAUGAGUCCAAGAGCGGAAAGAAGCGAGCUAGAGGAAAAAAUUGAUUAUUUGUUGCACAUCUUGUGAUAGUGGAGCUUCGCUUUUAGUGCCUACGGCACAUUCUUGGACCCGUUGCGGCUCAUGGUGUCUAUUAUGCCUUGUAUGCUAUUUGCUAUCUGGCACAAUGAAGAGGCGCAGCUUGCAACUGUCUUAGGUUCUUAGUUAUGGUUGUACUAGGUCGCUGGGUAGUUUUGUCAGUUUAAAGCAUAUUGGUAGAUGUAAUUGGUUAGAUUUAUCAUUUUGGUUUCUAGUUGGGUUCACUUUCUAUUACUUUUAUAACUCUGUAGCAUAGGAAGAAGAUGUCCUGUCGAUGAGGAGUUUAUGGAUGUGUAAGUUAGAUCAUUAAUUACUAGUUUUUGUCCUUGUAGCUGGCAAAUCAGGCUCUACCUAUAUGUUUGGAAGUCAAAUUCAUGCCUUAUCAGAUGGUACUCGGUUUGCUUGCUGGA